GUCAACAUUUCCAAAUUCAAAAAGCACAAAAAAAUAAAAAAAAUAAUUAAAAAAAAAGGGAUGAAGGAAAAUGUAGUUGAAAGUAAUUUGCGCAUGACUGUGUGUAAUCAGCUAUAACCGAGUUUGCUGAGUCUGCCACAUACAGCCAUUUGUAUCCCACCAUGGAACAUCACCAGAUACAGCCAUCUCCACCUUAUCAUGAAACAUUACCAGACUCAGUAAUUUGUACCUUAUCAUGAAACAUCACCAACAAAGUCUGCUAUACUCCACCAUUGGACAUUACCAGACACAGCCAUUUGUACCACACCAUGAAACAUCACCAACACAGCCAGCUAUAUCUCACCAUGAAACAUCCCCAACACAGCCAGCUAUACCACACCAUGAAACAUCACCAACACAGCCAGCUAUAUCUCACCAUGAAACAUCACCAACACAGCCAGCUAUAGCUCACCGUGAAACAUCACCAACACAGCCAGCUAUAUCUCACCAUGAAACAUCCCCAACACAGCCAGCUAUACCACACCAUGAAACAUCACCAACACAGCCAGCUAUAUCUCACCAUGGAAUAUCCCCAACACAGCCAGCUAUAUCUCACCAUGAAACAUCCCCAACACAGCCAGCUAUAGCUCACCAUGAAACAUCCCCAACACAGCCAGCUAUAGCUCACCAUGAAACAUCCCCAACACAGCCAGCUAUAUCUCACCAUGAAACAUCCCCAACACAGCCAGCUAUAUCUCACCAUGAAACAUCCCCAACACAGCCGGCUAUAUCUCACCAUAAAACAUCCCCAACACCGCAAGCUAUAUCUCACCAUGAAACAUCCCCAACACAGCAAGCUAUAUCUCACCAUGAAACAUCCCCAACACAGCCAGCUAUACCUCACCAUGAAACAUCCCCAACACAGCCAGCUAUAUGACACCAUGAAACCUCACCAGGUAGUGCCAGCUUUGCCAGCAGUUCUUGCCUUUCACCUAAACUCCCCUUUCCCCAUUUAGUUCCUUGGGACAAAAUAGAAACAAGAUCCAGUCAUGCA